AUUAUAAUAACUUGGCAAGUUUUGGGGCUCUGGCUCAUCGUAAUGAAAUAUCUCUGUUUUGGUGCACGAUACACCCCAAAUCAUAUUGUUUACGUGAAUACGAAAGUUUUUAUAUACCAGCAAUAUGGCAAGAGCUUCCCGUUUUAUCCGAGGCAAUAAUAUCUUGCCUGAAAUUUUUUACCUUCAUGAAAUCUAACAUCACGAAAGUCGAACCACAUUCUGAUCCAAAAGUAAAACUACUCUCUAAGCGGAAGGUACAUUCAGUGACGCCAAAUCCACCAACUCCUGAUCAAUCAAAAAAACAAAAUUAUCGAUCAAAAAAGCAAAAGAAAUAA